GUCGAUUCAGUCUACGUUACGAACGCAAUCGCGAAAGCAGCAAAAACAGCACAGCACUUUGUACAGCCAAUUAUGGGCGAAAGAAAGGCCUGCGUCUUCGUCGUCUUGUGGUCUACACUGCCCUCUGCAAAUCCUUGAAUCGAUAAGCCUAUAGCCAACUUGGGUUAGGGACACACUGUAAUCCACCACCAAUCGUUAUCAAACCUUCCAGGUUUCGAUCCGUGUUUGCUCAUCUCCAGCUUCACAGUCGUCGUCGUCGUCGUCUACCGUCCUAUACCUGUGUAUUGAGGAACAACCUUCACCACAAUCGCAAACAUAGCCCAGAGCGAGAACAUCAGUCGUGGAGUAGCAGCCGCAGGUAGUAUGACUUCGAACAACAUUCUCUGGUUUCGCCAUGGCCUCAGGUUACACGACAAUCCGAGUCUGCUGGAGGCGCUGCGCAACGAUGGCGGUGGCCAGUCGGAAUCGGUGCGACUGUACCCGAUCUUCAUCUUCGACGGAGAAAGCGCUGGCACCAAAUUGGUCGGCUACAACCGGAUGAAGUUCCUGAUGGAAUCGCUCGACGAUCUGGACCGCCAGCUGAAGGCCAUCGGCGGUCAGCUGUACAUCUUCCGGGGUAACGCGGUCAACGUGAUGCGUCGCCUGUUCGAGGAACUCAACAUCAAGAAGCUCUGCUACGAGCAGGACUGCGAGCCCAUCUGGAAGGAGCGCGACGACCAGAUCGUGAACCUGUGCCGCAUGAUGGACGUCAAGUGCGUCGAGAAGGUGUCGCACACCCUGUGGGACCCCGAGCAGGUCAUCGCGACGAACGGCGGCAUCCCGCCGCUGACCUAUCAAAUGUUUCUGCACACGGUCAACAUCAUCGGCGAGCCGCCGCGUCCGGUCGGCGCUCCGAGCUUCGAGUUUGUCGAGUUCGGCCGCCUGCCGUCCAUUCUGUCAACCGAGCUGAAGCUGUUCCAGCGUGCCCCGGUACCGGAGGACUUUGGCAUCUACUACGAGGGAAACGCCGAUAUUGCCCGCCAACGGUGGACCGGCGGCGAGGCCAAGGCGCUGGAGCUGCUGGGCCGUCGGCUGAAGCAGGAGGAGGAAGCUUUUCGCGAGGGGUAUUAUCUGCCGACGCAGGCUAGGCCGGACUUCCUGGCUCCGCCGAGUUCGAUGAGUGCAGCGUUGCGGUUUGGUUGUCUGUCGGUGCGCAUGUUCUACUGGUGUGUGCACGACCUGUUUGCCCGGGUUCAAGCGAACAACCAGCUGAAGCAUCCUGGGGGACAUCACAUUACGGGGCAGCUGAUUUGGCGGGAAUAUUUUUACACCAUGUCGGUGCACAAUCCGCACUACGCGGUGAUGGAGUUGAACCCGAUCUGUUUGAACAUUCCGUGGUACGAGGCGAAGGACGACUCGCUGGACCGGUGGAAGGAGGGUCGCACUGGCUUUCCGCUGAUCGAUGCCGCUAUGCGGCAGCUGAUGGCCGAGGGCUGGUUGCACCACAUCCUGCGUAACAUUACGGCAACAUUCCUAACCCGUGGAGGGUUGUGGAUCUCCUGGGAGGCCGGCGUGCAGCACUUCCUCAAGUAUCUGCUGGACGCUGACUGGUCCGUCUGUGCCGGCAACUGGAUGUGGGUUUCGUCGUCCGCCUUCGAGAAGCUGCUGGAUUCGUCCUCGUGCACCUCGCCGGUCGCAUUGGCACGUCGACUCGACCCCAAGGGAGAGUACGUCAAGCGGUACCUGCCGGAGCUGGAGAAGUUUCCGGCGCUCUAUGUUCACGAACCGUGGAAGGCCCCGCCCGAGUUGCAGGAGCAGUACGGAUGCGUCAUCGGCAAGGACUAUCCGGCCCCGAUGGUAAACCUGGCCGAGGUCAACAAGUGCAACGCCAACAAGAUGAACGCCAUCCGGCAGAAGCUGCUGGACCAGGGCGGAAGCACCCCGGCCCACUGUCGGCCCUCGGACAUGGACGAGGUGCGGCAGUUCUUCUGGCUGCCCGAGGACGUCGCGGCGGAAAGCUAAACGGAGAUUUGGACGCAGUUGUUGAUGGGAACGCACUUAGAUUUUUCUACCGAAUUUGGUAAAAUGUUUCUGAAUUUCGGUAAUUUUUUUUCAUUUUGACAGACUUUUUACCGAUUUUUCAACUACCGAAUUCGGUAAAGAAAUCUAAGUGUGGAAGUUGAGCAAUUCUCUCAAGAUUGAAUCAUUUUUGAUGUAAUUUUGUACGUUUAUUUUGUUGAAAAAUAAUGGAUAUUUUCUUUAUAAUCAAAGACCAACAUUAUGUUUACAAAAAUAUUAAACAUAAAGUUUAAAAAUACUUUUUUGAUUUUAAAAUUAAGUUUCAAAAUUGUUACAUUUAAUUCAUUUUAAUUCAUUAUUGAAGAGAACACGUUAAAUAUUGUUGUGUGCUUCCACCCAACACACGGUGGCCGGCAGCGAAAUUAUAGAAAAAGUAUAAUAUGCGUCAAGGAGGUAUCAGACUACGGCAAACAAACAAACAAACUCGCACAUUUUGACAGUUUGUCUGCGUUGUUUGUUCGUCAACAUUUGUUUGCAGCAACGUCAGCUUGCAUACAUUUUGUCUUGUUUGCAAGUUUGGGAAACUGUCAAACGCGAAAAAGUGCGGGUUUGUUUGCCAUAGUGUAAUAGCUCCUUCAAAAUUGAAUUUUACUAUCAAGAUAGUACUGAUAGAUAAAAUUUCACAUAAAAAUUAAAAAAAAAAAAUAAACGUAAUAAUUGUUCGAAAUCUCAGAGAAUUGCUCAGUUGUUGUAUCUGAUAGAUUAUUUGGAAUCGAGUGCCGUGAAGAGAAAAAGACGUCAAUUGAGUAGAUUAGGGCGAUCCAUCGUUUUGAGAAGUUGUACCACAAAGUUCUGUCUUUUUACAAUUUCAAAAGCGAUGGACACCCUUGGUUAAGAAGAUGAAUCAAACUUAUAUCGAGGACUUCCCGCGUCCCACAUAAUGAAUAAUGCAACGAUAAACAUUUAUAUAUUUUUGUUAGAACUAGAACAUUUAAGAAACUGUCAUGUCAACCAAGUGUAUAACGCGUUUUUGAUACCAAGACAAAGAGAAAAAAAAAACCAAAACUAGUCGUGUGUCCCCAAUUGGUUCCUUUCGAAGAAAUCCGUCUGUGAGAGUUAGUGUAGUUGUUCAGAAGCCAAAGAAUAAAACAAUUCGACAGCAACAACAUUCGGUCAACGUUUUACACUGUAUUUUUCUGCUUUAUUUUAGACCCGUUAUUAUUUUUUUAUUCGGCCUGAAAUAAAAGAUCCGUACAGUAACAGA